AUGAAGGCUGUCUCGAUAAGGCAGGUAAGUGCCAUAAUCAUACUAGAUAACAAUGGAAAACGAAUUGCAGUGAAGUAUUACAACGAUCAGGCCCCACUGAAGGGAGAAAAUAAAUUAGUCCCGAAAAACACAAACAAAGAUUUAGUAAGCAACGCAUUUGAAAAUACGUAUAAUAAUUUACGCACAGUGGAAGACCAGAAAUUAUUUGAAAGUGAUAUAACGGAAAAAGCUAGGAAGUUGGGUGGAGAUUCCAGCGAAACGGAAGUGUUAGUCCUCAAUAAAUUCACCAUCCUCUAUCUGCUAAUAAAUGAUGUAAGCAUCUACAUCGUAGGAGAAGAAAGUGACAACGAAAUUAUUCUCCAUGAGAUUAUGCAGACAGUACAGCAGUGCCUAGACAAUGUUACAAAUAAUCAGAUAGGGAAGAAACAACUCCUCGACAAACUAGAUUCAAUCUAUUUAAUUCUUGACGAAAUUGCUGAUAGUGGAAUUAUUAUGGAGACCAACCCGAAUGUCAUUAUAAACCGGUUGUACAUGCACGAGAGUGACUUGCAGGAACACACACCCCUCAACCAGGCCAUCUCCUCGGCUAAGGAGAACAUCAUUCGCAGCUUGCUCAGCGGCACAUAG